CGGUGAUCCGAUAUUUUAAACUUCACUAACAAAUCGAAGAUAUGUACUGACCAUUGGAACAAUUAAUUCGCAAUUUUGGUUUGAUUUCUAGUAGAGCAGGAGGAGGAAAAAUCGACAUUGGAAGAGAAGGAAGAAGCAGCAAAGCAAAUCAUGUCUUUGCUUUUGAAUGUUUCUGCAGUAUCAGCAACACCCAGAUGGAAAGCUGUUGUGCCACGCAAACAGUUGAUUUCUUCCUUCCCCUCGUCUAAUUCGUGUUAUUCAAGCUCAAAGCCUGGUGGGUUCCGGGUUAGGGCUUUUAUCUACAAUCCUACCCAAGAUCCCCUUGUCAAGGAAGCUCUUAAGGAGCCAGUUGCCUUCUUGGGAGGGAUGUUUGCAGGUUUUCUAAGGCUUGACUUGAAUGAAGACCCUCUGAAGGAAUGGGUUGCAAGAACAGUUGAUGCCUCUGCUAUUGCUGAAGAAGAAAUUAGUGGCAGCAGAGAGGUUCAAGCAGAAGAUAUGCCGCAGCAGAUAGAGAUAGAAUGAUGAUUUAAACUGGUAUUGCAAUAAACACUAUUGGAAAUGGCGCGAUUGUUAUUUAAUAGAUGCAGUGAUUAUCUUUUGUGUAACGGUAAAAAUUAGUCUUAUGUGGGUUUGAACUGUGUUCUUAUCUCAGCAUUGGGAUGUGCAUAGUUAUAAAGUUAUACAAGGCUGCAGUCUACUUAUAAAAUCAAGUUGAGAUUUACUGUCCU